UGGUAUAAAGUCAGGAUUUUGAUGUGUGUUACAUUUUCAAGGUUUUUAGAUCUGUAUUAAACAGCUAACUUAAAAAUGAUGAAGAGGCUUUUCUUCGUUGCUGCAUUUGCCACUUUCUUUUUUACUGUGGAGUCGGGUUCGUCCUCAAGAAAGUACUGUGCUGAAUGCUCCGGGACCAGUUCACCUUUAGGAUCGAGUUCGCAGUACGACUUAUGUAUGAACACCCCUUCAUAUUAUGUCGGAAAUUACUGUCCGUAUGAUGACUAUGACUACUGUGUAGGCGUUUUUGUUGACUAUGGCCCAGCAGUUGGGUCAUUCGUGGCCAGGGGCUGCAGCAAACAAAGUAUUGGGAACGGGUGCAUGGACAUAACUUCUGAUGAUAACAACACGCUUAACGAUUAUCGCGUUUGUACAAGUUCGUGCAAGUUCGAUAAUUGCAACAUUGGAGACAUCGGAUCGGGUGCUGCAACUCUCUCGUAUGAAAUGUGGUUACCUGCGAUUGUCCUUUUUGGCUUGUUAAUUCUAAGGCAAUAAAGUCGUUCGUGUAUAUACUCACUUUGUCAUUGCCAACAGUUACAAGUUUUUGUUUCUAAUCCGACAGUGUAAUUUCGUAAGAAUUUUGGUUUAAUUUUAAGCGGCUAUUAAAUAAAUUGUGCAGCGAACCAAAUACAUUUUUCUUAUAAAUCAAAAUAUUUCAGAAUAAACAUAGCCGAUGCCAGACAGAGAUAUACAAACAAAUAUUUUGGGGAAAUCCAUUUAUCUCGUCAGGAGCUAGAAAACCUUGUUUACAAAUGGCAAACAACAACACAAAAUCGCGUGUAAGGAUCAUCACGAUUGAUAUUGUGAUUCAUAUUAUUUAUAUGGAGAAAUAUGGCAGACGUUAUACAGUGGGGGAAGAUGGAUUACCGUUCGCACCUAAGUCUCAUACUUUCUGAUCGAAAUAUAUUCUUUGUUUGCUACCAAAUGGGGUGAGAGAAUAGAAUAAAAACGUGUCCCCACCCUACUAUACUAUGUUGAAGAUGUGGCAAUUUCUGAUCAGGAAUCUGUUUCAUUAAGUUUAAACGUGUGGUGGACCAUGGCCUACUAAAUGUAUUUUUAAGUAGGACACGUUAAAAAAAUGUGUGCGGGAUAAUAAAUACCACC